UCCGGGAAACGGCCCUGGUGGGCGGGGCAAAGCUGGACAGGCUGCAGUGCAUUCUGGGAACUGGAGUCCCGGAAGGUGGGCGCUAAAUACGACCUCCUGACCCGGACAGCGUGGCUGCCGGGCUGUGAACGAGAGGAGUCAGGGACGCCUGCAACUACCCAAGUGAAAAAUGUACUUGUGAGCGCACGGAUGAGCCCGAAGACCUUGUCGCAGCCGCCCGACUUUCUGGGAAAUGUAGUUUCGUGGUCGGAGCGCCACUGUCCUCACAGCAAGCCGACUGCGUGCUACGAUCCCGGCUGAGCCGCUGGGCGCGUCGCCCCCGCAGAGGCUCCUGGGAGGUGUGGUUUUCCGGUGCGCGAAUGGCCGCCGUGCCGGACGCGGAGGACUCUGGGAAACUCGCGCGGCCGUGGGCGCCGCUCCUGGCUAGCCCCGCGGUCGUCGGCGGCUCGGCGCCGGCUCCUGGGAUCCGAACACUGCCCAUUCGUAAGAUAAGAGCUUGGAUUGCUUGCAUUUUUGGAAAUUGCAAAGUGAUGUUUCAGGUGACAUUCAGUGAUGUGGCUGUAGACUUCUCUCCUGAAGAGUGGGGAUGGCUCAGUUCUGCACAGAGAGACUUAUACAGGGAGGUGCUGGUCCAGAAUUACGAGAACCUCGUCUCUCUAGGCCUCUCCGUGGCUAAGCCAUGUGUGGUCACUUUACUGGAGGAUGGAAAAGAGCCCUGGAUGGUGGAGAAAAACCUACCGAAAGCAGUCUCUUGACCUCUUUUACCUUCACUUCCAAAGCCGACGUGUUCUGGGUGACCCGUGGGGAGCCUCAACAGUUCUGCCACACACGAUCCUUGUGGACAAGGUUGUAGCUAUGUACAGAGGCUCACAUCUGGAGAAGCCAUCACUGCAGGCAGCAUCUCCCCAGCUUAAGAUGUUGGCGGGGCCAGCGCUGUGGCACAGAGGGUUAACGCCCUGGCCUGCAGUGCAGCAUCCCAUAUGGGUGCCGGUUCAAGACCCGGCUGCUCCUCUUCCGAUCCAGCUCUCUGUUGUGGCCUGGGAAAGCAGUAGAAGAUGGCCCAAGUCCUUGGGGCCCUGCAUCCAUGUGGGAGACCUGGAAACAAGCUUCAGGCUCCUGGCUUUGGAUCAGCCCAGCUCUGGCCGUUGCGGCCAAAUGGGGAGUGAACCAGCGGAUGGAAGACCCCCCCCCCCGCGUCUCCUCUCUCUGUGUAACUCUGACUUUCAAAUAAAUAAAUCUUAAAAAAAAAAGAUUUUGGCAUUGUAGAUGAGUUCACCUCCUGUGCCAGGGACAACUUUACCCAAGACACCAAACUACCCAGUGAUGCCCGUGGACACGAGGUAAUUUUGCUUUCCUUUCCUUAGACACUAACGGUUCUGUUUCGGAGCUUUCUGUCUGCCUAUUCCCAUGUUCCUGUUCUAUUCCUUGCUCUGUGUCAAAAUGUACAGCCUACACGCCAAUACCUAAAGAAAAUCUAGUAGAGAUUACUACCAUCUCUGCCGUUCUGAAACGUGGUAGGAAUGACCGCUUCCCUAGGAGACGUGUGCCUCUCAGUGAAGCCCUCGGCCCUGCAAAGAGAAUUCUCCACUCCCUGGUGACUUCUCCAGUCACUCUUCCGGCUUGAUUACACACGAAUACCCCGCUUCUUACAUACAGUUUACUGACCAACUGUUACAACCUCCAACAACCGCUGGGCCCAUCAUCUUCAUAGGCACAUCUUUCUAACACACUUCACAACUCCAUUAAGGUAUUGUUAGAGACCUAAAAGGUCUUGGGUCUAUUUUUUUGUCUAAUACCAUAUAAACAGAAAGCCCCCCAAGCCCCUUUUGCUUGAGUAUAUCACUUGUUUCCAUUCUUUUGUUAAAGAUUUAUUUAUUUGAAAGUCAGAGUUACACAGAGAGAGGAGAGGCAGAGAGAGAGAGAG